AUGCUGAAGGGCCUGUUUAAGGUGUUGGAGGACUCGAAGGCCGUCUUUGCAGCCAACAUGCAGGCUGAUGAUCCCUUCCCCAUGGAUGACAAAAUCAAAGAAGCCUACUCCCAUGUGGUGGAGAACACAGCGUUCUUUGGGGACGUGGCGUUGCGUUUCCCACGUAGCCACCACUACUACGACCGUAACCCUGACUGGGGCGGCCUUCUGCGAUGGGGGCGCUUCUGCAACCUCACUGGGGUGUUCACCGGGGGCGCACACCAGCAUGUUCUCUCACUGAUGUCGCAAGAGUUGGGAAUAAUAGAGAAAUCCCCGGACUUCACCAACCCAUACCGCACUGAGAGAGACAACGUGCUUCACACUGCAGAGGCUUUUCAGAAGAUCCUGAGGGAGGAGGAGAAGAGGAGGAGGAAAGAGGACAAGAGGAAAGAYAUUAGGAAGGGGCCCCGCAUCUCCCGCUCCCGUACUGAGCUAUAGUACUUUACCURAACUCUUGGAGAGAAAUGARGAGSAGAAGGAAAAUGUAGGGGGAUGUCCUAGAUUCAGUGAUGKAGAGGUUGGGUCUUGGAACCGGUGAGUUCUGUCAAAGGGAUAAAGUGGCAGCAGAGCAUUUGAGAGGGAACUAGAAGUGUUUGUGGCACAUGAACAAACUGGAGAGAAGGAAAGGAGGUUGAGCUCUCUGUGGAAUCAGACUUACUGUAUACAGAACUGUGCCUAAUCUGCAGUUAUUAUGAAACAAAGAAAAUACAGCUAGCACAUGUUGAAGAAGAUUUAAUAAGGAAAGAUCAUUUUCAUAACUAGAUUACAUAACUGUACUUUGGAAGAAACAGAAAAUACCCAAUAUGUUAUCUUUUUUGUGAAUAGAUUGAAUACAAUUUACUACCAUACAAUUGUUUUGAUGAUGGCAUUUUGUACGUAUGAGUUUACAUUCCCAUUCAUCAAGCUUUAA